CGGGAGCUAGGCGGCUUAAACUGCGGCCGCCUCUUCCGGUUUGCUGGAGAGGCGAGACCUUGGUUUAUUUUUCCGCCUCCGAGGGGAUGCUGUCGGUUGUGUGAAACGAGUCUGAAAAUCUUUUGUGAAGAUGGUGAAUGUUUUGAAAGGAAUACUUAUAGAAUGUGACCCAGCCAUGAAGCAGUUUCUGCUGUACUUGGAUGAAUCAAAUGCCCUGGGGAAGAAGUUCAUCAUACAAGACUUGGAUGAAACACAUGUCUUUGUGUUAGCUGAAAUGGUUUACUUCCUGCAGGAGAAAGUGGGAGAGUUAAUGGACCAAAACUCUUUUCCCAUUACACAAAAAUAGAAAAUGGGACUGGAAUUGUCUGUGUCAAACUACAAUCAAUAAAUGUGGAACUGAAACUU